CCCAGGCAACACUCCGUUUAAACUCUUGAAUCCCCUUGCAUCUCCUCUUACCUCUCGUACAACAGCUGCCAACUUUAUUAGGCGAAGACUUUUCGUAUCUUAUAUUGAUAAAGACUGUUGACAGUAGAGCAACGAGCAGCUACUGUUGGAUCAUAUUACUGUGGGUGUGACUUGACAAUACCAGACAUGGCUGGCGUCCCCUCACAGGCCAUGCGGCUACAGUUGGUGUGUCUGCUCUUGUGUCAGGCUCUGCGGUUGUAUAGUGCAGAGUUCACCCACGAUCGCAAAAGGCUCGGCCCUCUCGAAUCUGUGCGUGCCGAACAUGGGUGCCUGGAAAAGUUUGAAGUGAGUGAGAGCACUAUUAUAAGGACUCAGGAUUCUCGAGUGCUGGGGGCCAAGUUCCUCAAUGAGUCAGACGUGGGCAACAGAGAGGACUGUCUUACACUGUGCUGUGCCACACACCUCUGUAACGUCGCCGUCUUCGAGGAGAAGGGGUCUGGCUCGUGUUACCUGUUUGACUGUGGCCCGCCAGGUGACUUCAAGUGCAAGUUCACAGGCCACACCUUCUACACGUCAGCUGUGCUGAAGGUCAACAGACACCAGCUGGAACUUGGUCUCUGGUCGGAGCAGAGCCAACACGAGGCCGAGUUGGCCAACCUCAGGUCGUCGGGGGAGGUGGACGACUCCAUGGGUGCUCCAGACAUGAGACACGCCGUGCCGACUACAGUUCCCACACCGCCACCCAAGGUCACCAUCCCCACCACCACCACUACCACCACCUCCACCACGGUCACCCCCGCCGCCCCGACCACUACCACAACCACCACCACCGCCAAGACCACUCUCCCACUCAAAAUUCGUGUUUUAUCUCCCCGACAUUGUGAAUGUUUUGAACAUGUGUUCACCGUGUAUGGUGAACAUGUGUUCACCGUGUAUGGUGAACAUGUGUUCACCGUGUAUGGUGAACAUGUGUUCACCGUGUAUGGUGAACAUGUGUUCACCGUGUAUGGUGAACAUGUGUUCACCGUGUAUGGUGAACAUGUGUUCACCGUGUAUGGUGAACAUGUGUUCACCGUGUAUGAUGAACAUGUGUUCACCGUUGCCAGAGUGUUGAAUGUUGAGCGACCAUCCACUCCGUUAAGUGAGAGCCCCAGCAAGAGGAAGAUAGAAAUUACUUUCGCGUCAGACAGCCAAGUAUUUGACCCCAAGUACCCUCCGGCUUCCCACCCUCCCCCCUUCCCCGGCACCAUUGCUGGAGCCACCACUGCCACAGUGAAGAGCCGUGUCAUCCGCUGCCACGGCUCGCCAGCCCAGGACAUGGAGGUGGUCUUAUCCUAUAUGGAUGUUAAUCUGCCUAGUAUGGAGGAUAACGACCCCCUAGCACACCUUCAGCAGGAUAACGACCCUCUAGCACACCUUCAGCAGGAUAACAACCCCCUAGCACACCUUCAGCAGGAUAACGACCCCCUAGCACACCUUCAGCAGGAUAACGACCCCCUAGCACACCUUCAGCAGGAUAACAACCCCCUAGCACACCUUCAGCAGGAUAACGACCCCCUAGCACACCUUCAGCAGGAUAACGACCCCCUAGCACACCUUCAGCAGGAUAACGACCCCCUAGCACACCUUCAGCAGGAUAACGACCCCCUAGCACACCUUCAGAUCUGUUACAUUUGGUUUAGAGAGCACAAAAUCAAGGUGCUUAACUGGACAUCAAUACCCCUGGACCUCGGUGCAACAGAACAUGCGAGGAAGUGUAGCCGGUUCCAGUUCGAGUGCCACAGUGGGGAGUGUAUAGCCAUUUACAACGCUUGUGACGGCAUCCCGCAGUGCCAGGACAACAGUGAUGAGGAUCCUGCCCUUGGGUGUCCUCCUGCCUCCACCGAGGGAGUGGUGGCGGCGGCAAGGCGCCCUGGGGACGAGACAGGUGGUGGAGACCAGGGACAGACAGCUGGUACGACGUGGGACAACCCUGGACCAGCCAAGAACGACCUCAGUUCGAGUGGUGAUGUCUGGCAAGGAGCCUCCCGCUAUCCGAACUCUGGUCAGGGAUACCCGCCCGGCAUCUUCAGCCGCCGACCCAACAUUCUGGACACCUACAGCCCCUACCAGCCGUCAGGGGGACCACAGGAUGACAGCCAAGUGUACGGUGGACGAAGCCGGGCACCCAGUGGUUACUACGACUACAAUCAGAGAUCCGCCUGGGCAGGACCCAUGUAUAAUGGAGGUGAUGUGGGAGGCCGAGGAGACCACUACAUGGGCGCAGACGGGCACAGAGCCUUCCACUACCCAGACUAUGGCCAGCCACAGCAGCAGCCACAGCAGCAGCAGCAGCAGCAGUUACUCCCGCCCAUGCAGCAGCCGCAGAUAAGCAACAAUCCUGUAUGGAUGGAUAAACCUAACUAUCCAAUACAACAAAGUCAGCAACAGUUGCACCAGCAAAUACAAGACCUGCACCAAACGCCGUCAGUUAUGCAGCAUCAACAGCUGCAGCAACAACAGCUACAGCAACAACAACAGGUAGUUGGGCAGCAGCCUGCUGGGCCAUACCAACUACCUCCUACACUAGAACACCAACACAAUGCGGCCAGUAUACAAGCCAACAUCCAAGGAGUACAGAUGGAUAUGACGGGUGGAACGAGUAGACAAAUACCUGCGAACAGUGAAGUACUGCCACCAAUGCCUAAGACCAGCACCUCUACCAUGGCUCCUCUUGUAACGCCGUCCACAGGGAUGACGACUACGAAUGGAACGAACAGUAGCGCGGGCGUCAAGGAGAUAACUGCCCCAAUGGGGUCGUACGCCCAGGCGCCCGCGCACGCCGCCCACGACCCCAUCAACACAGUGGCGCAUGCGUCUCUGGCCCGCCUUGAGGUCAACCUGGAGGAGUUGGAGAUGCAGGCCAGGGAACAGGAUGCCCAAGCUUCGGGAGCUGUACUGGCACUCGCCAUGGGUGUGUGCAUCACGGCCCUGCUGGUGGUGCUAGUAGGGUGCCGCUUGCGGGGGGUGCGCCGCAGGCUACGGAGGCACCGAGGGGCCCGCUCGCCCUACGCUCACGACGCAGACUACCUCGUCAACGGCAUGUACCUGUAGGACGCUGCUCUGGCCUGCGAACAGGAAACGAACACAACACACACACCUGAUUGUUGAUGAAGAGACCAGCAUUAUCGGGUCAAGAGGAGUCCGGAACAAGACAAGACGAGAGUCCGGACGAGACGCAGCCAAUGAAAGAUAUCACGCCAACUCCAGCAGGAAAAUAUGACGGGGGAGCAUGAAAAACUCCAGAGGGAAGAGAGAGGAGGUAUAGUAUGUUAGUGUGUAAGAGGCCCAAAACAACGAAUGAAAACGAUUUAGUUUUUAUAUGCAAAUUUUAAUUAGCAUUCUGAUGUCAAACAAAUUAGGAGGAAUAAUCAUUACAUGAACGUAACACAAAUUAAUGAAAAGACGUCAUUAUAUAUAUA